AUGAAUCAAUAUCGUCCCUCCUCUGGCUUUUUCAAUCUGUUACAAAGUCAACUAGAUACCCAAAACCUCGAAUACACUCCUUCUGAGAGUCCAUGUUCUGAAGCUCCAUCUGAACAUGCAUCCCCUCAAGAAAACUGCAAGUCAAGGCAUGCAUGGUUACCAACAGAUGAUAUCAUGCUUGUCUCCGCUUGGCUCAACACGAGGAAGGAUCCGAUUGCUUCGAAUGAGCAAAGACGUGGUGCCUUUUGGGGAAGGAUUGUGGAUUACUUUGCAUCCUGUCCGAAUGCUGCAGGUCGGCCAAAGAGGGAGGCGAGUCAUUGUAAGCAGAGGUGGGGGAGGAUAAAGGACUUGACGUUUACCUUGGAGCAUGCUUGGCGAGACUUAAGAUACGAUCAAAAAUGGUGUGCGUCCACAUCUACUAAAGGGAAUGGAGUGAAGAGGGGAAGGGUGUGUGUUGAUGGGUCUAAACAGGAUGCACCGAUGAUUGAUGUCGAUGAACCAAUGCCCGUCCUCCUGGUGGUGAUUGAUGUCAAUGAACCAAUGCCCCGUCCUCCUGGUGUUAAGGCUGCAAAGGGGAAGUCCAAAAAAAGCACUCACGCUAAACCGGAUGUGGAGAAAGAUGGAAAAGCUUUUCUUGAGUUUCAGUUGGAGCGUGUUGAGAGGAUGUAUGAGAUGAAAGAGAAGGAUUUCGCUUUGAAAGAGAAGGAGUUCGCUAUGAAGAAUGAGCAUAUGAAGCAUGUGAUGCUUGAAAAUCUGAUUGCUAAAAAGGAUUCACAAACUGAAUCCAAAAAUGCUCUUAAGGACAAGCUAAUUGAUGACAUGAUGUCAUCAGGUUGA